AUGAAGACACCCAGAUUUCUUCUGGCACUUGCGGCCCCGGGUCUCAUGGCCUCUCCCCUCGCCACCGAGAAAGGGACCCCGACGACUCUCAGCACUGUGCCGACUUCCACCCCAAAGACGGGCGCCUACAGCUGGUCAGAAGGAUGGGAGACGUCGUUCCCCAUUCACUCGUCCUGCAACAGCACCCUGCGCGCCCAACUCCAAGUCGGCCUUGACGACGCCGUGCAGCUGGCCCAGCAUGCGAGAAACCACCUGCUACGCUUCGGUGGCAAGUCGGAGCUGGUUCAAAGAUAUUUCGGAAACGGCACACUGGCAGAGCCUAUUGGCUGGUUUGAUCGCAUCGUUGCAGCCGACAAGACGGCCAUGACCUUUCGCUGCGAUGAUCCCGACAAGGUGUGCGCGUCGAUGCCGACUUGGGGAGGCCAUUACCGUGGAAAGAAUGCUACAACGGAAACUGUCAUCUGCCCCUUGUCAUUCCAGCUGCGACGUUCGCUCUCAUCAGUCUGCAACCUGGGCUACACGGUCGCUGGAUCGCCUCUCAACACCAUCUGGGCCGUCGACCUCCUGCAUCGGAUGUUUCAUGUCCCUACAAUCAACGAAAAUGUGGUGGAUCAUUUCGCAGACGAUUACAACGGCAUUCUUGCCUUGGCGAAGAAGGACCCGGCCAAGAGCGCCAGAGAUAGCAACGCGCUCCAGUAUUUCGCGAUUGACGUUUGGGCCUAUGACAUUGCGGCUCCAGGAGUCGGUUGCACCGGUAAGCCUGUAGAGAAGAAGGCCUAG